GGAGCAUCCAGUGAGCGCGAGCCGCAGCCGUUGGUAGUAAGGACUAUGUAAAGAUGGCGGAGCUACAGAUGCUGCUGGAGGAGGAAAUUCCAGCCGGACGCAGAGCUUUACUGGACAGUUAUACCAACCUGGAAAGAGUCGCGGAGUACUGCGAAAGCAACUAUGUCCAGUCUGCAGACAAACACCGAGCGCUGGAGGAGACAAAGAGCUACACCACCCAGUCUCUGGCUAGUGUCGCCUACCUUAUCAACACCCUGGCCAACAAUGUGCUGCAGAUGCUCGACAUCCAGGCCUCACAGCUCCGCCGCAUGGAAAGCUCUGUCAACCACAUUUCACAGACAGUCGACAUCCACAAGGAGAAGGUGGCGAGGCGAGAGAUUGGCAUCCUGACUACCAACAAAAACACUUCCCGCUCCCAUAAAAUCGUCGCUCCAGCCAAUCUGGAGAGGCCUGUGCGCUACAUCAGGAAGCCCAUUGACUACAGCAUGCUGGAUGACACUGGACAUGGAGUCAAGUGGUUGAUGAGGUUCAAGGUAAACGGCCAGCAGAGUUUAAAACUAGGAGGUCUGUCCCGGUCCAACCCACCGACCCAGAAACCGCCCAGUCCUCCAAGAGCAGGGAAAGGAAUUCUGGGGCACAAGAACUCCCCCUACAGGACACUGGAGCCAGUACGCCCCCCUGUGGUGCCCAACGAUUACGCCUCCAGCCCGACAAGAAACAAUAUGGGUGCUGGACAACUUCCCAGUCCCGUCCGCACCGCCACCCUGAACCAACGACCCAGAACAUACAGUGGUAGCAGUGGAGGCAGCCACCCCAGCAGCAGCAGUCGCAGCAGCAGCAGAGAAAACAGUGGAAGCGGCUGUGUGGGGGGUCCCAUCGCCGUGCCAACGCCGUCUCCACCCUCUACCUUCCCAGUCUCCCCGACUGCCGGACCAUCUAGCUCCUCCUCCACAGCUCCAAACUCCUCCCCUUCUCCCUCGCCAACUCCUUCCUCUUUCUCCUCUUCCUCCUCCACCACAACCUUAACCAAACCUAAUGUACCUCUGGCACCAAACUCUCCUGCUCACCAAGCUGACUCGUCUCCUCACAGAAACUCACAGACAAACUUACCAAACACCUCCCCCCCUCCUAACCCUCCACCUAGCACCUCAGAGGUCCAAUCACAGCUGUCUUCUCUCCCUCCUCCUGCUCCUCCUCCUUCACUCUCCUCCUCAUCACCUGCUGAAGGUCCCAUCGUCCCUCAGUUCUACAGCAUGAAUCGCCCUCAGCCUCGACAGCAGACCCCACAGGUGGGAGGGUCACUUCCAUACCGCCGUCCGCCCUCUGUGACCGGUCAGCAAAUACCUACGCACAACCACGUCAAUGGAGGACCCUACUACAACCAGAGCCCAGCCUCCCCUCCGCCCCCAUCGCUCCUGCAGUACACCCCUCAGCUGCCUCUGAUGGGCUUCGUCGCUCGAGUUCAAGAAUCUAUUACAGACACUCUUCCUCCUCAACCAGCAGCAGAGAACCAAUCAGGGCCUGACGACUCUCUGUCCACGCCAAAGCCUUCAGAGGAAGGACACGCUGAGGACGACUCCAAAGUGGUGGAGUACAGCGAUCCAUACGCUGAAGAGGACCCACCAUGGGCCCCCAGGAGCUACUUAGAGAAAGUUGUUGCCGUAUACGAUUACACAGCAGACAAGGAGGAUGAGCUGUCCUUCCAGGAAGGAGCCAUCAUUUACGUGGUGAAGAAGAACGAGGACGGCUGGUUUGAAGGGGUGAUGAACGCCACCACCGGCCUCUUCCCCGGGAACUACGUAGAGUCCAUCAUGCACUACGCCGACUAAAGACCCCGCCCCUCCAGGUGGACCUCAUCGAACCUGCAGUUCUGUUCAUUUGUCCAGAACCUGAACAGUAAAGGUGACUUUGUUCUACUUUUAUAUUUUCCUCCUGUGGUUCAGUUUAUCAUAGUUAAUAUUCAUUUAUUGGAAUAUUCUUAUUUAUUGGAUCAGUUUAGCUGGUUUGUCUGAAGCCUUCUGGAUUUUUCUAACAUCCACUAUGUUGAAAAUGUUCUGUUCUUUAGGUGAAUAUGGUGUGAAUUUCAGGUAGUUCAGCCUGGUCCAGUUUCCAAACCCUUUUCCUGAUAAAUAAAUCAAUAACUGCUACAGAUACAGGAUGUUUUAGCAGUGAAUAAAACCAUCGGUCAGGAAGCUGUUUUUCAUUUCUUCUGGUUUAGGUGAAGAAGGAUCUAUUUUAAUGCUGCAGACACCAACAGUAAUGUUACUGAUUCUUUGUCUUUGUCUCCUGUACAGCAAUAAGAAAAAAAGUUGUAUUGUGUGCCUUUUAAAAACCUUUUCAUGUUUUCUCAUAUUAAACUUCAUCCUCAGAUUUUGUUUCAGAGAAAAAUAACACUUGUGCAUAAUUGGAAGGUUGAGGAAACAGGAUUCCAAAGUUUUCAGUUUCAUUUUUCUUUCCCUUUACAUUCAUGCUCUACUUUCUUUUGUUCUGACCGAUAAAAUUAAAUUAUUAAUACCUGAGGCAUCAUCUGAGGUGUUAGUAAUCCUGCUUUUAGUUUCUAUUGAUUUUAUUCAGAUAAUUUUUCUUGUUUUAGUCCUAAAAGUAAAAUUCAGACAAAGAGUCUUUAUUCUAAUGAGAUGAAGACAGCAUAUCUGCUGUGUUUGAUGAACCUUUUGAAGGAGUGUGAGGAACUCAGUUUAGAUUCUGUCCGCUUCAUCUUUCCUCAGUAUUAGACUUAGAUUUAGACAAUAUAAAUGUUACUUUACAUAACUUUCUAUUGUACAUUUUUUUUUUUUGCAUUUCCACAUCUAUAGAGCCAAAUGAUAAACAAUUAAGAUGAAAAUCAGAGGAUUCCUGUCAAACAUAUCUGUUCUUCAGACGGUCUUCUCUUCCUGUGAAGGUUUCUGUUUUUUUCUUUCCAGUAAAUAACACUAAGAUUUUACCAAACGAGCCAAUGAAUCAGAACACAGACUAAAUUAUCCUGCAAAAAACAAUCUUAUGUUUAGUCUGUGAUUCAAUUUAUUAUGAUUUUAGCAUAAUUUCAACCCUGCAGACUUAAUUCAUUGAACAGCAACAGUUGAACCGAAGGAAAUGCUUCCUUCCUGUUGCUACAGAAAACUCUGAUGAAGGAAGAAGCUGCUGGACGAGUCCACCAUGUUAAAGACAACCACAGCUCAACUUAGCACAUUUUAGGCUGCGCUGCCUUCACACUUAAACCUCCAGCACUUUUAUGAACCCAAACCAACCAAUGAUUGGGAAAACAAGCACUUAAACGUUAGAACGAGGACGUUUUCCUUGCAUGAUUUAACCUGUGAUCUUUUGCACCACCAGAUCCCUCCAUUUUCUCAGAGCACAAAAAGAAAGCAGACGUUUUAUAUUUAAAACACCUCAAGAAAAAAUGUGAAUCAAGGUUACGAUCCGGUCUCAGGCUAACGGCGAGAAAAAAAAAAGCACCAGAAAGCAGAACUUCUCCUGAUGUGUGAACUCUGAGCCUCUUGUCUUUGUUUGUGGUGAAAUGAACCUGAACCAGUUUGCCAGGUGGAGAUUCUGUUGCCAGUUUUAAAGUUUACAGUGUGCUUCUCUGCAUGCCUGAUAUGUAACUGACACAUGUAUUUACAUUUUUAAUAGUAUUUGUCUUUAUACUGUUUGUUUUUUUUUGUUACUGACUUUAUCGCAUUAUUUUCUGAUUCUUCAUCUAAAGGGUCGUUAUGUUCUUGUGAAGUUUACUGUUUGCUCUUUUUAUUCGGGCUGUUUACGUACACAGGGCUCGGACUUUGCAUUGUAUCAGAGAGAGAGGAGGAAACUUUGUGCCAAAUGGAUGUUUGUGUUUGAUGUGAUUGUGAUGUGAAUGCAGAUAUCUGUGUGUGAAUCAGAAUCAAACCUGUGAAUAUGGACCUUAAAAGAGUUCAUCCCUGUGCAGCGUAUUCAAGAGGCAUUUCUCAGCAAAGCUAUAAAGUAUGAUUUAAAAAGCAGAAUGCAACCUUUAGGAGAAGCUCAUCUGGUUUCUGAUCAGCACAUCAUCCUGGAAGCUCUUCUUCAGCCGCAGCAUCCCUUUAAAGAAAGAUGCAGAUGGAGAAAUGAGCUUUGAAAUGUUCAGACUUCUUCCCCAGCGCUGAUGUUCAAACACAUCAUCUUUAAAAUGUUUUCUGCAUCCAGGAUCUUAAUAAUCAUAUUUAAGCUUGUUUAGGUUGUUUUUAAAUCAAUGCUAAAUAUGUUUUGUAUUUUAAAACAACUUUGUGAUUGAAGCAUUUUUGACUUUCUGAUUUGAAAUCAGUAUUUGUAGAUUGAUACAAAAAAGCUUUAAACUGAAUUUUUUUGCUUCAAGCUAACAUCUAAAAAUCAUCACCUGUGUUUGUUUUUUGGGGAGAUUUCCGUAUCACCUGUCCUGCUGUGUUCCCUCUGUGCUGCAUCUUCUUUUUAGAACAUGUUUUCAAGACAAGUUUCCUUUCAAAGCAGAAACUUAAAUCUCAGCGUGUUACUGUUUUGUAAGACGGAGGGAAAAGGAAAUAACUAAUAAAUGUUUUAACAUCCUU